GUACGGGAAGCCUGAGGGCGGGUCCGCGCGGCGGAAGCGACCCGGGCGCCCGAUUCAGCAGCGCGGGUGCUGCCUCCCCCGCGCCGCCCGGGGCUUCGAUCGCGCUUUGCCCGGCAGCGGAGCGGGGCCUCCCUCGGCGCGGGCUCGGGGAUCGCCCGCAGGAGUCGCCGCUUGCGUCUCGCAGUCCCCGGCCCGGCGCACACUUCCUUGUCCGCGAACCUCAGACGUGUCGUCUCGCGAGGCUCAGCCGCCCGCCGAGGCCUCGUCCCCGCCGCGCUGCGGCAGGAACCCGGGCCCUGCGCUCCAGCCCGGCGUCGCUCCCGCUGCUCUGCCCCGCCGCCGGCCCGCGCCGCCGGGGGUGGGGAGCGAGAUGUUCACUCUGCCUCAGAAGGAAUCCAGGGCACCUGCCACCUGCCCGGGCCCAACCUCCAUCCAGGAUCUGGACAGUAACUCUGGGGAUGAUCUGGAAAGAGAAUGCUCCAGAAAACCAGACCGGAAGCUGCCAGAGGACUGUGGAGCGAGUGGUCCCACUGCCAUGUUGUCCUCGGACAGCUCCUGCCUGUCCUCGAGAGGAAGAGUCAUUAAGUGGUUCUGGGACUCGGCAGAGGAGGGCUACAGGACCUACCACAUGGACGAGUAUGAUGAGGAUAAGAACCCCAGUGGCAUCAUUAAUUUGGGCACCAGUGAAAACAAACUCUGCUUUGACCUGCUCUCCAGGCGGCUGAGUCAGAGCGACAUGCUGCGGGUGGAGCCGUCCCUGCUGCAGUACCCCGACUGGAGGGGACAUCUGUUCCUCCGGGAGGAAGUGGCCAGAUUCCUGUCUUUCUACUGCAAGAGCCCCAACCCCCUUAAACCAGACAAUGUGGUUGUCCUGAAUGGCUGUGCCUCUCUCUUCUCUGCUCUGGCCACGGUGCUGUGUGAGGCGGGGGAAGCGUUCCUGAUCCCCGCACCUUACUAUGGGGCCAUCACACAGCACGUCUAUCUCUAUGGCAAUGUCCGGCUGGUGUGUGUCUAUCUGGACAGUGAGGUCACUGGGCUGGACACACGUCCAUUCCAGCUCACCGUGGAGAAGCUAGAGAUGGCCUUGCAGAGAGCCAAUUCUGAGGAUGUGAAGGUCAAAGGUCUCAUUCUCAUCAACCCCCACAACCCUCUGGGCGACAUCUACUCCCCAGGAGAGCUGCGGGACUACCUGGAAUUUGCCAAGAGGCAUGAGCUGCACGUGAUGGUGGAUGAGGUCUACAUGCUGUCCGUGUUCGAGAAGCCGGCGGCCUACCGCAGCGUCCUGAGCCUGGAAGGGCUGCCUGACCCCCAGAGGACCCACGUGAUGUGGGCGACCAGCAAGGACUUCGGGAUGUCUGGGCUCCGCUUCGGCACGCUCUACACGGAAAACCGGGACGUGGCCACUGCGGUGGCUUCCCUCUGCCGCUAUCAUGGCCUCAGUGGUUUGGUCCAGUACCAGAUGGCACAGCUGCUUCGGGACCGUGACUGGAUCAACCAGGUGUACUUACCGGAGAACCAUGCCCGGCUCAAGGCUGCCCACGCCUACGUGGCAGGAGAGCUCCGGGCCCUGGGCAUCCCCUUCCUGAGCCACGGGGCGGGCUUCUUCAUCUGGGUUGACCUGAGGAAGUUCCUGCCCGAGGCCACCUUUAAGGCAGAAAUGCUGCUUUGGCGCCAAUUUUUGGACAACAAGGUGCUGCUGUCCUGUGGUCAGACCUUUGAGUGUAAAGAGCCCGGCUGGUUCCGCUUGGUCUUCUCGGACAAGGCCCACCGGCUUCGGCUGGGGAUGCAGAGGGUCCGGCAGGUGCUGGAGGGCAAAUCCCGGGUGGCAGAAGAGCCCUCUUCCUGUCAGACCCAGGAGCCAAGGAGUCAGCGCAGGUGAGCUGGUCAUCGCCUGGUGACAGCAGGGCCUGGUGACAGCAGGGCCUGGCAGCCACCGCCAAUCUGAGCCGACUGGGGCUGCGGAGACCCACGGCAGCUGGGCCUUUUGUCAGGAGGGAGUCCAGCGUGACCUCACCCGCGAAGAAGAGCCAUUCCUGGCCCUGCUCAGGGCAUGGGAUAGGCUCCUCCAGCCGUGCUGUGCCUCGGCCCCUCCCCCUCUAUUAAACAGAACUGGAAGAAACUAGGAGCCUCUGUU